AUGAAAGUGUUGUCGAUCGAGGAAGUCGUUUUGCAGAUUCUCGAAGGAGUGACGGUGUUGAGCAAUUGGGAGGUGUCAUCGGUGGGGGCGGGNGUGGGUGCGGGACGACUCGAGCAAAGGGUCUUAGAAUUGUUACAUAAGCAUGGAAAGGUGAUCACAGCGGAUGGAACGGAGCGUGAAGUGAAUGAAAAGGAUGACGUUUUGUUGGAAAACAACAGCAUUCUAGAAGAUAUCGUUGUAAGGUUUUGUUUUGCUACGAAAAUGGAUCGUGGUCUACAAAUACAAGCUGCAGAUUAUAAUAUUGAAGGCGAUAUACCGCCACCACCAUGCGGUCUCAGCCUUCCACUUGGUGAUGAAAUGCUUCACAUUCCUGGGGUAAUCAGAGAGUGGGCAGCUGAAGUGUUGUUCGAAUGGAAUGAUAACGAUAAGUCACUACCGCAAUUAAUACUGGAUUCAAUCUAUCGGGUAGAAUAA